AUGAUACCACUUCUUAUAAUAGACAGUGUCCAUCUGAAGGGGCCAUAUGUUGGCACCAUGUUCUCGGCGGUCGGCAUGGAUGGAAACAAUGAGAUCGUACCCAUUGCAAUGGGAGUGGGGAAGACAGAAAGUGGCCCGUCAUGGACAUGGUUUUUACGUAAGCUGAGUCAGUGUAUCGGUGAAGUGCCCAAUUUAACCUUCGUAAUCGAUAGGGCUGCCUCUAUCGAUCUGGCUAUACGAACUCUAGAACCUGCGCCUACCUCCAGUAAAGACAAAAGGAAAAGGUGGAUGUUCUGGGAGGCAUGCAAAGCUUAUAGGUUGUCGGACUUUGAAACUACAAUGGAUUUGAUGCGGCACAAUCUACUUAGAGCUGCUCAAUAUCUUAAGGAAGUUGGUUACGCUAGAUGGGCACGAUCGCACUUCCCUGGAUUGCGUUACAGUGCAAUGACUUCCAAUGGUGCGGAGUCCGUCAACUCAGUAACCCGGUUUGCAUGCUAUCUUCCAAUAACAAUGUUAGUUGAAUUUUAUCGGGCGACAUUGCAACAAUGGUAUUUUAUACGUCGGCAUAACGGAGCUCAAAUGAUGAAUGCAGUGACUCAUUGGGCGGAGGCGAAAUUAGAAAAGAGAAUCCAUAGGAGUGCAAAUUGGAAGCUCCUAGGCCGACGCAUGAAAGUUCAAGUAGUCGUCGAAGAUCAUGUAAAUGUAACGAAUCAUGGAAGUUGGAUCAUAAAAUUUAGUCGGGAAUUGCAGCAUCGAAUUUUACCGGCAAUGCAACUCACGUACUUUGACAGUGUAUAA